UAUUUAAUAUUCAGUGGAUUAUCCAUCAUUUUCGCCACCCAAUCAAUUAACAACCAAAAAAAUUAAAUAAAUCCAUUUAACAAUAAAUAAUCUUGUUUUUAUCUAAACCACAAUUACUACACAUACUCGAAAUCCCAAUUUCCCUCUUCUAUAUAAACACUUCUCUCACUUCACUUUCUCUCAUCUCAUUCUCUGCUGAAAAUACACACACAAAUUACACACAGUUACGUACACUCUCUCUCUCUCGCUCUCUAUAUAUACAUAUUUCCGUAUAUUCACUCAAUCAAUACAGCAAUGGCGAAUUCAGGCGCCGGCCAAGGACUGGUCGUGUGCUUCGGCGAGAUGCUGAUCGAUUUCGUGCCGACGGUCUCCGGCGUGUCGCUGGCGGAGGCGCCGGGGUUCCUCAAGGCCCCCGGCGGCGCCCCCGCCAACGUCUCGAUCGCCAUCACCAGGCUCGGCGGGAAGUCGGCGUUCGUCGGGAAGCUCGGGGACGACGAGUUCGGCCAGAUGCUCGCCGGAAUCCUCAAGGAGAACAAGGUCUCCGCCGACGGUGUCUGUUUCGACAAGGGCGCCCGCACCGCCCUCGCGUUCGUGACCCUACGCGCCGACGGCGACCGUGAGUUCAUGUUCUACCGGAACCCCAGCGCUGACAUGCUCCUCAAGCCAGAGGAGUUGAAUCUCAAUCUCAUCAAAUCUGCCAAGAUUUUCCAUUAUGGAUCAAUCAGCUUGAUCGUGGAGCCAUGCAGAUCAGCCCACAUGAAGGCCAUGGAGGAGGCCAAGAAAGCUGGGGCGUUGCUCUCGUACGACCCCAACCUCCGCCUGCCGCUGUGGCCGUCGGCGGAGUAUGCCAAGGAGCAGAUCAUGAGCAUCUGGAACAAGGCGGAUCUGAUCAAGGUGAGCGACAACGAGCUCGAAUUCCUCACCGGAAAAAUCACCGAUGAAUCCGCAAUGUCGUUGUGGCACCCCAACUUGAAGCUGCUCUUGGUCACACUUGGAGAGAAGGGCUGCAAAUACUACGCAAAGAACUUCAAAGGAUGUGUGCCCGGCUAUAGUGUCAAGGCCGUCGACACCACCGGAGCAGGCGAUUCUUUCGUUGGAGCCCUCCUCUCGAAGAUUGUUGAUGACCACUCCAUCAUUCAGGAUGAGGCAAAGUUGAAGGAAGUGUUGAGAUAUGCAUGCGCGUGUGGCGCCAUAACCACAACGAAGAAGGGCGCGAUCCCGGCUCUCCCCACCCCCGCCGAUGUGCAAGAACUUAUCAAAACCGGGGGGAAAUAGACAUCGGUUUGUCUUUGUCUAUUUAUCUGUUACAGUUUUAUCUUGGUUUUUUAGAGCUUCGAAAUGGUGGUUUUACCAUGAACAUUUUUUCUUUCUCUUUUGCAUUUUUUAUCUUUUCUUGAGCUUAGAUUUCACGGAUUUCACCAUUGUAAUGAAUGCUGAGGCAUUUCCUAAAUUGUGAGUAGUUAUAAAUAAAAGUAGCAUCACAUAUAUUUCUUCC